AUGGCCGCCCUGGCCCGGCUUCAGGCGAGGCUAUCGGGGCUGCGGGAGGAGUAUUUCCGUAGGAACAGAUCUGUAGAUGAAGACAGAAAAAUAGAGUACAAAGCUGCUGUCAAAAUCCAGAGCUGGUUUCGAGGAUGCAGAGUCCGAGCCUAUCUGAGAUAUCUGAACAAAAUGGUGAUUUUUAUACAGAAGUGGUGGAGAGGUUAUCAAACCAGAAGAUACUUCAGAAAAAUGGUGGAGACAGCAUAUUUUAUUAUGAAGAUGAAUUUCUACAAUGAAAUGGCUGUCAGGAUUCAGAAAAGAUGGCGAGGCUACUAUGUUCGGAAAUAUAUCCAUAAUUAUUAUGCACUGAAGAAAUACCUGGAAGCCAUUUCUGUGAAUAACGAGAUUGUCAGGAAUGAACUCCAAGAGUACGCAGAAAUGAAGGAAAAGGAAGACAAAAGGAAAGACCUAGAAAAGAAAGAAAAGGAAAAGAAAUACCAAGCCCGAAAGAUGCAUUACCUCCUUAGCACUGAGCAGAUUGCAGGCAUCUACAAUUCGCCAUUCAGAAAAUCCCCAGAUCCAAUGGAACUGCUGCUACGGAAGUCAAAGCCGUUGAGCCACAGAGGGCAGCAGAUUAAGAGUCCCUUUGCCUGCGAGCUCCAUGACUGGCCAACUUGUAGAAGGCCUCCAACUUUCUCCACAGCACAGCCUCUGCCACCUAUUGGCAGACAGAAACCUCAGGGGCCUUUCCGCGAUACUGCUGAAGUAUUGCGGCAGCGCUACAAGCCUUUGGAACCAACCUUGCGAGUGGCAGCAUCAAUCAAUUCACCACUAGAGAAGGCCAGAGAGGAAAUGAGAAGGGAGGAAUGGAGAAACCGUAUACAUGACAAUGAAUUUCUGCCAUUUUCUUUGUAUCACAAAAAUGAGAAGUAUGACCCAUCAAUUCAUAGGUCAGGCAAAUAUGGCCAAGAAACUUAUGGAAUUAAACACUUCCGAGAAGUACAGCCUGAGAAGUGGGUAGCAGACAAGGACUUUCAAACAGUGUCACCAUCGAUUGUUCUCUUCGAAAAGUUUGGAAAAACUUACUCCAGAACUGGACAAAUAGUAUAA